GAGAUCAACUACAAGCUGGACGAUCCGACUUCCGUGAAAGACUUCCUCCUGGCUUCCAACACGCGCUUGGUGCGAGCCGAGUGCCCCUUCGGACGGCUCACCGAACAGGAGGGACGGACGCUGCCACGGCGACAAGAAGCUGACGAAGCAACCUUCGUUGAUGCAACCUCUGGCAGAACCCUCACAGCACUCGUAACCAAGGAAGACGUUGCGAGCUGGCAAAGCGAAAAUGAUGCCUUCAUCAUGGCGGUGAGCCACUGCUGGGAAACACGGGAACACCCGGAUCCGACCAACUAUCAAGUUCGGCAUGUUUGCAAUUACACGUCCUUGCAUUACGCGGCAUACGGUAAGCCAAUUUGGCUGUUCUUCGACUACACUUCCCUGUACCAAUACCAACGCCAGACCAAAGAGCAAGAAAGCAGCUUUAGAAGCGCCAUGUGCAACAUGCAUGUACUUUACUCGCAUGAGUCUACCUACACGCUGCGCGUGCAGUCACUGACCCCACCGCAUGUGUGGGAAAAGCACCUGGACAAGCCUGUUCACGUUUAUGAUGCGCGGUGCGGCUGUAUGAAGGACGUGCCUUUGCGUGAGCUCACAAGAAACGAGACACCUGAGAGUGCGGAGGCUCGCAGCCCAUCCAAGAAAAGGCGCAAAUUACUGCGCAAACCCAAAGGAGCUCCCCCUCUUGCUGGGGGUGGCGGGACUGCCACUGGUCCCCCAAAGGACGGAGGACAGGGCAAACCUGCUGUGGAGGAGACCGGCCCCAAGGCUAAAGCCAAGCCGAAGCCAAAGGCAAAGGCUCCGCCUACAUCAGCUGGCGCGGCCCGCAAGGAUAACCAGCCGAGUGCCAGUGUCGGUAGCCCCCCCACGCAGCCCAAGCUGGCACUCCGCCAGGCUGAUUGGACUGGUGAGCUCGUGGGCUACGAGGAGUUGGCUGAUUACAAAGGUAAAGGCCCUAUUUUGGUGCAUGCUGUCGAUGAGGCGCAGGCGAUGGCAGCUGACAUACUGGCAUCGCAGGUUGUGCCCACAGUGUCUCGGGCGGUCGUGUGGGAGGACAAGGAUGGCACCAUUCAGGUACCAUUCCAUGUCCAAGGACGUGUGGUGCUGCGACGAGUCAAAGCCAUUGAGUACAAACAUGACGUUCAGCCGCUGCCCUCGCUGAGAAACCUGACUGAGAAAACCAAGAAGGUCUCGGCAAAAACUGCGGUGCUUAGGAUUGUGGCGGUCAAGACGCUCAUGCAGCAGCAGGAUUUCACGGAGGUCAGGGCCAAUGCCAAGCGUUACCUUCAGCGCAAGUUCAAUCUUCUGAAGGACGUCUGGGGCAUGGCAGAGGAGAAGAGGUACGGUGAUGCAGUAGUGGGACUCGUGCGAGUUGACAUGGGGCAGGUUGGGCUGCUCAUGAAGGGCUCAGGCACAGAUGGGGUCUUCUUCGAGCCCACUGCGGAUAUCAAGAAGCCGGUGCAGGUGCAGUGGCUCCAGAAGGCUGAGGAUGAGGGCGACAGAGACUACUUGCUGCGGGCACUCAAGCAGAGGCCCGAGCUUGGGGUCACCAUUGGCAGGAGUCAGCUCGGACUGCGCUCUAGUGUUGAGCCGUCUAAGGCCAUGCGCACUUGGCGGCUCCAGCGUACCCCGGUGUACUGGACUGAUGAUUUGGUGUUAGAGAUUCUGGCGGAGCAAACCACCAUGAAGAACGCAGAGGUCAGAUCCAAGAUUACUCGCAAUCACAAGGCGACCUGGAUAAUCCGAGGGGCCUCGGAGGAUGACUUUGCCCAGGUCCGGGUUGACGAGGAGGGUAAGGUGCAGUCAUAUUGGGUCACCCCGGCUAGUGGGGGUCAACGUCGUGGCCCUGGUCAGCGUACAGUUCUGCGACAGGGGGCCAUGAACUUUGCGCGCGACCAGUUUGGCAAGCACCUUGCUACAGGAGAUGUUCAAGUACAGCAGCCGGAUGCGGCCAUGACAGGCGACACGCAGCAGGCGGAAGGGACGCCGUCCAAGAAGCAAGCUGUUGAGCAGCGCAAGCUGCCGGAAGGCACUACCUUGGAUACCGUUCCUGGGGAUGGGGCGUGCCUGGUUUCCUCCCUGGCGAAGGGCAUUGCGUAUCAGAAGCCUGGGAAGCUGGCAAUUCCAGGCACCAGGCUGCGUGCUGAGAUUGUGGCUCACAUGUGCCGUGACAAGCAUAAAGCCCGUUUUGCAGCUUUUUGGGAUGGGCUCGCGCCUGAUGGUAAGACCAAGUUGGCGAACUUUGACCAGUACUUGGACCAAGUCCGGCAGCCAAAGUCCUGGAUGGGACACCUUGAGCUCAUUGCGGCCGCCGAUGUGUUUGGGUUGACCAUCUAUGUGGUGCCACGGAAUCCUGGUCACAUUCCGUGCAAGUUUGGUGUGGGGCCAUUUCCGGUGGCCUUGUGGUACACAGGCGAACACUAUGACUACAUCAAGCCUGACGACCACUACCCCAUUGCCAUCACCAACAUUGGGGCUGAGGGAUCCAGCAAGGGUGGCAGAGGCGGAGGGGACAUAAAAGCGGCUGAUAGUGACGCGGUCUCCACCCGCUCAUUGGGGCAAUCUUCUUUGCUCACAUUGUGGACUCGGGAUAGCCGGGGACACCCCAAGGUGCGGGCUAAGACGCCUCUCAAAGCGCCAGGAACGCAAGCAGCCCAGUCAGAGGCAUGCGAGCACGCUGAGGGCCGCCCAUCGUCAGGGAGUGCCAUCAACACUGAGGAGGAGCAGAACAAUUUGAUGUCGGCAAGGGCGGGCGACACUCAGCUCAGUGGUGACGAGGAGUCUCCUCGCAGCAUGCCAUCAACGCCGGAGCCGCUGAUGCCUGAGGCUCCUCCACCACGGAUCGGUUCUCGAGGAAGGCUGCUGAAGCCGAAGCGGGAGAAGAGGAAGGAGUGGCAGUGUCGGUGGUGCGAUUUCAAGACUUCGGGAGCUUCUAUGCGUUCCAUGCGCUAUAACCACCUCUUGAAGUGGCAUCCUGAGCGCCGGGCUGAGUGGGAUGAGCGUUCACUUCCACCGCAGCAUGCAUGGAAGGAUGUCUGCGAUGAGGGCAAUUUUCUCUGGAAGUGCAAGCAUUGCAACCGGGGCAUCGUUGAUGAUGGUGUGGAACGAGACAAAAAUGCGCUGUACAGAGCCAGGGUAGCUCACUGGAAGGAGGCGCAUCCUCAGGCCCCUCGCAAGGACUUUCUCGCGGAUCCAGGGGAGAAAAAGACAGGUGUUAAGAAGGCCACUCGCAGUGUCAUCGCGGCGGCAGCGUCCAGGAUGGUACUUCGUGUCAAGAGCGGUGAGGCAGGGAAACACAAGGUUGAGGCGGUUCGUAUUCCGGUGCCGGCAACUAGGAGCCCCGGCAAACGCAAGUCGCAGGUGCUUCUGUUCUGCACCAGCUGCACUGCCACUGCACCAACAGUCAAGAAGCUUGCUGAAAUCGAGUGUGUGCCUGGGAGUGCUUCCAGGGGUUCUCCCAGGGAUGGUUUCAUCGCCAGACUUCAGGGUUAUCUUGAUGAAGACCAUGCGGAGGAGCUCCUGAUCGGGGUGAGGCGCUUACUGAAGGUUCUGAAGCCAUCAGUUGGGGCCGAUGCCGGGGUCAAGCGCCCCAAUGAGCAGUCCAAGGUUCAUGAGUGGGAUGCGUUAGCCUGGCCGCAACACAGCAGAGGUACGUGUUCUUUCCAGGUCAGGAUUGUGUGCAGGGCCUGCCGGUUGUCUGGUUCCACCAAGCCUGAAUUGCAAAGGAAGCCAUGCGUGCCAGGGAGAUCAUGGUCCACUCAUGUCGCCAAGCAUGUUCAGUCCAUGCGUAGGUUUGUGGCUGAGGGGCCUCCCGAAGCUGUUGAGCCCGCUAAGAGAGUUCUCAAGUGGUUGCAGGCUUCAUGUGAGGUCGCCCGUGCGGAGGUUGAGGUUCCAGCAGGGCUGGCGCCGGUGGAGGAGGGCGUGCCGAGCUCAUGA